UAAAAUUUACGCACAAAUCUGUUCCAGAAUCGGGAAAAAGCGGCGUAAAACGAUAUAGUAGUGGUUUUGGCACGUUGAAGUGAUUAUAGUUUCCCGCGGAAUGUGUUAUCUAGUGUGUGAUAGUAAAUUUUCCUGCAUCAGGCCAAAGAUCAUCUCGUGCAAGAAAAACAAAAAGUAAAAGAAAAAUUGUGUUACAGAAGCAUCAUCAGCAGCAACAGCAGCCACGGCAGAGCAAAUCGGAGCCUGCCGCAGUGAAACCAGAAAACAGACCAUUUUCGGAAUAAGGGUCACCUUGCGAUGAUAGGCACUGAUAAUAUUCUACAGUACUGCUAAAAACGUCUGUCUAUCGCUCAAAAAAGAAAUCAAAGUUCAUAUUCUACGACCUGUUACUAUGGCCAAUUUGACUGAGGGAGAUCAAAACUUUUGCAAUACAACGCAAACACCGACAGGUACAGGCACAACGGGGUCGACGGUGCCUAGUUCAACUACGGGGGCAACUACUACUACUACUGGGUCUACCGGUGUUACCCCAACCAGUGGUGGUGCUUCAGCGGCCCUAACUGCAGGAAGUGGAAGCGUAUGGGCGGAGUUUUGCGAGCGUCAUGCUCGCGCCGCCUCAGCUGAUUUUGCUCGUUCCUGUGUGAACUAUGUUACCAACAAUUUACCCGAAUCGGCACGACAUACUGUUUCACAUCGUGAUUUCAUGCGGCGGUUCAUCGAAUGCUUCCAGGAGCACUUUGAGCAUGAAUUCUACCGGAGACGUAUGCAAAAUAAAACCGGAAAUGGAACGGCGAUGGUAUUGGAAGAGAGUGACUACUCGGAGGACACCGAUUCGCCCAAAACAAAUCACAAACCCUUUUUUCGAAGGUUGUCCUUCAAAGGGCUACGCAAGGGAAAGGCACUAUUCCACAAGCAACACUCUGAUGAAGUGGAGUUAUCGGGAAGUAGAGUGAACAAAACCAAACUGGCCAAGAUAGUGGUAGAAUGUAGGAAAGAAGGAACGGUUAACUACUUGACGCCAGAAAGUCUAGAUCAGCCUAGCAACUCGCACAAAUGGGAAAAGUGUAAGCUCGUGCUAGUUAAAACGGUCGGCGGGUAUAUGCUUGAAUUCUACUCACCGCCAAAAUCCCAAAAGCCCCGAAGUGGCGUGUUCUGCUUUCUGAUAACGGAAGCCCGUGAGACGACUGCGCUGGAAAUGCCGGACCACGAAAAUACGUUCGUGCUAAAGGCAGAUAACAAUAUGGAGUACGUGAUCGAGGCGCGCGAUACCGACGAUAUGCGAAGCUGGUUGGCGACGAUACGCUAUUGUAUGCGUAGCACUCCGACGUCGCAAAUGCCACCGAUAUCCGAUCUGAGCGUUGUGAUGAACACCUCGAUAUCACAUGGUGGUGGCGGAGGUGCUCCCGGUGGCGGGGGAACAACUGGAGCUGGUGGAGCAGCUAUUUCUAACAGUUUGGUGCAUGAUGUAAAUAACCUUAGCUUGAACCAGUCCGCAUUGAACGCUGUGCCAACAAUGAUGGCGCCAGAAUUACCGCCGCGACGCCCGGACGAUAGGAUAUCAUCUUCCUCGAAUUUCGAAUUGACCGAAGGAGACCUGGAUCAGGCGCAUGAGACUGAUACUGACCUGACAGCUAUAAUGCGCGAGUAUCCUUGGUUUCAUGGUAUGCUAGCACGGUCCGAAGCAGCCCAGUUAGUGCUACACAAUGGUAUCUCUAGUCACGGUGUGUUCCUCGUGCGACAAAGUGAAACCCGUAAGGGUGAAUUUGUUCUAACUUUCAAUUUCCAAGGCAAAGCAAAGCAUCUACGAAUGACGCUAAACGAUUUGGGCCAGUGUCGUGUCCAACAUUUAUGGUUUCCAUCUAUAACGGAGAUGCUGGAACACUUUCGACAACAUCCGAUUCCGCUUGAGUCCGGCGGUACAGCAGAUGUCACGUUGACGAAUUUUGUCGUGCUACCGUCACAUGCAAUGGCCACCACGCAGUCGAAUAGUAACAAUUAUUCCACAACAUCUAUUGGCGGUGGAGGUGGUACAGGAGCUGGAUCCGGUGCUAGUGGCAAUCCCAAUACGAGUCCACGACAUCCCUUGCAAGUAAUCACUAUGAGUGGCAGUGUGCGCAUCAAAACGUGCGACCUAGAGCUGUCUCAGCAGACGAUUCCGGUUCAUGAAAUUGCUGGUGGACAGGGCGCUGGUGGUGCUAGUACAACGGGCCAAGCAACGGUGUCCAGUGGGGGACAGCAGGCAGCAUCCUCUUCGGGGGCCGGAGAAGAUGGCCAACGGGCCGUCGAUAAUCAAUACAGUUAUGUCUGAAACGAAGUCGUUGGCCCCAACAGCGGGGACACUGAGGAAUUGAAUACCGUCAAUACUGGCAGAUUGGGACAUCUUCACGCGAUCGGAUUGCAGGAAUUGGACGACGCUUUGCCAAAACCAAAAUCUAACACAAAAAAAGCAGAUAUAGGAAACAAGAGAGCGGGCAUGUGUUCACAUCUGUAGAACAAAGUAGUAGCUUUUCAAAAUUGUAAAUAUUAGUGCUUCAACAAAUCAAACACCUAUAUUUAAUGUUUACAAUUACUUUAGAAGAAUGUUCUUAAACUUUUUAGCUAGUGCUUAGCAAAACUCAGACAGUUUAAAACUGCAUUUAUGAACGUCGUCUUACAAAGUGAACGAACAACUUGUUCGGCUCGAUAAAUGAUUGAAAAACAAAAAGAAAUAAAUAUUAAUUUUUUACAGAGCAUUACUAAAAGCCUAUAGGCUGACACCCGUUACCGGAAUGUUUAUUGUCGUAUAUUUAUAACUGCUUACCUGGGAAAAGGAUGUAUUGCUUUUUCUGUUAGCGAAGAAGCAUUCUACAGCAGAACAAACAACUUCCGCUCGCGAUCAGCAAACUGAGAAACACAUUUACUGUAAACACUGUGUACAUAGCAAUGGCUUAUCUAUCAGGCAACAUUCAUGCUUUUUGUGAUUACGAAAGCGAAAUAAAAAAAAUAGAAGAAAAAUUUAUAUAAACAUAACUACCUAAUGCAAAUAGAAGACGAAAAACGAAUAAAAUCAUGUAAUGUGUGUAAAAAUGGUAUUAUGCUGCUGUAAUAUGUAAAAUUUGAAAG